GCAAAACAUCUCUCUGCAAAGCCUUGGCUCAGAAACUGAGUAUCAGACUGGAUUCAAGAUACAAGUAUGCUCAGUUUGUGGAGAUAAAUUCUCAUUCCCUUUUUUCCAAAUGGUUUUCAGAGAGUGGCAAGUUGGUGCAGAAGAUGUUUGGCAAAAUUGCCGAGCUAGCUGAUGAUCAUGCUCUGUUAGUAAUAGUGCUGAUUGACGAAGUGGAAAGUCUGACCCGUGCACGUGAGUCGUCUUCAAAGGGAUUAGACCCAAGUGAUGCAGUACGGGUUGUUAAUGCAGUCCUUACACAGCUUGAUCAGAUUAACAAGUACCCAAAUGUCCUCAUUGUUACGACAUCCAAUAUUUCUGGUACCUUUUACUUGGCUUUUGUGGACCGUGCAGACAUAAAGCAGUAUGUAGGGCUUCCCUCUCAAGCUGCUAUUUAUCAAAUCUACUAUUCCUGUAUUGCUGAAUUGAGACGGAUUGGCAUCAUUCUAGACAGUGAGCUGCUCUUCACUCUGCAAGACCUUCAGUGUACAAACAUGAUCCUCAAGGAAGUAACCAAGUUAUCACUGUUAUUAUGGGAGAUAGCUGGGUCAGUACUUGCUUUUUAUCUCAGAAAUCUUUUCUUUAAUUUAUGAGCCUCAGUAUGUUUG